UGGAAAAUAAUUACACCAAGUCUGCUGCUAAUGAAUGAGAAAAAUCUGCUCACGAGAACUUCAAGGUCUCCGUUCUUACAAUUAAUGUUCGCAGUCUGAAAUAAGGAGUACGUAAAUAAGGAGUAUAUUUCAGAGAUUUGUAAUAAAGUACAAGAGAUAACAGUAAACGACCGGACGGACUGACGGAGAAUCACCGAAAGCGGAAGUGACAAUGAGCGGCGAAGGGGAACUAAGCUUUUGGCUCAAGCGGCAGUUAUCUGCCUUUGAGGAGAAGUUUGUUGCGGCGGACACUGACAAAAGUGGUUUCCUGUCGCUCCCGGAAGUGGCGGCAGUCCUCCGGAACGCUGGCUUCAAGGGAACUGAUGAAGAUAUCCAGGCGAUAUUCAAAUUUGCAGACAAGAACAAGGACGCCAAAAUAUCACGUGCCGAGUAUCUGCAAGCAUUGAAGAAGGCACCAAAGAUAAACUUGAAGGAGAUCGUUUUGCGGCGCGCUUUCCGGCGCUACGACGCGGACGGGAGUGGUUUCUUGACACGUGACGAGGUGGUGGCUAUCACGGCCUCUGAGGAGGCGGGUCUCAACCUUCCUGCAGAAAAUGUGGCUGAGAUGUUACUCGCGCUCGUUACAGACACGGACAAGAAGAUCAGCUACGAGGAGUUCCUGUCCCACUUCCGGUAUCAGCAGACAGCCACGUUGCUGCGGGAGCUUUUCACGCGCAUAGACAAGGACGGAAGCGGCCGGCUCACAAAACAGGAAAUAGUCAACGCAAUUAAGGCUGACGAAGAGUUAGCGUUCCAGGCCGCGAACUUGUCCCAGUUGCUGAUCAGCUUCACUCGGGAAAACACGGAUAAUAUCGACUACCAGCAGUUUGCACGCAUUGUCGCUGCGCAGGCGAAGAAGUAGUGCGAGGAGGAAGACCAUAAAUGAAGUUCUUUUUUGAAGAACUGUUUGAAUGUUAAGAUCGCGGCGCAGACAAAUCAAAUAAGAAUUUAUGAAUGUGUCUGUUGAGCAGGACAUUCGUACCAGAAAGGUUGUGAUGUAUUUAACACAUUGAUACGAUCAUGCUGUGUAGCAAUUGAAAACAGUCGCUUGUAACAAUGUUAGAAAAAUACUAUUUAACCUAACUAUUUAACGUUUAGAUGUUGUAAACGAAAUCUUCUUUAUUCUAUCUUCACAAAUGUAGUGAUACUAUAAUAAGGCUGUUUUGUACUAUAAUAAGAUAAAAAAAAAUAUAAUCAAAUAAUUACUGUUGCUUUUUUUAACAAAAUGAUCACACGUGUUCAAAUAUUUCCGGUGCAUGCAAUAUGUUGUGUGUUUUUCUCUGAAAUAUAUUCUUAAAAGACUUGCCUUUCAUAUAUUUAAUCGUUAUAAGUUUAGCAUUUAAAUGUAUUUUGUUUAUUUACUAAUAAAGCAAUUGAUAUCUUA